AUGGCGCAAAGUGUGACCUGCUACAAGUGUGGCUGCCUCAACUUCAGCUCCAGGCACAACGUGUGCGACAACUGCCGGUCCAAGAUGAUGGCGUCCAGUCACAACGUGCUGCAUCUCGCAAGCGAAUCGACUGGUUCCAGUAGUGCCUCGAGAAUCAAGUCAAGUGCAGUUCCCGCGCGCUCAUUGGGUAGAAAACGAAGACUCGACGAGAUCCUAUUGGCUGCAAAAGCAGGACCCGGCAACUAUCGCCUGCCCGUAAAAAGUGCUUUUUAUAAAAAGCAGCAGCAGUCGCCUGACGUUAUUGACUUGAUCUCCGACGACGACGAGGAAGAACUGGCCAGUGAUGGACAUUCUAACAGCAAGAAACAGAAGAAGAAAACGGCGAUUACAACAGUCGAUGACCGAGUAGAAUUAGCAAGUGCGACGCUGUUCCAGAGUCGCGUGUUCCCGGUUGUGACGUUCGUGAGUAGCCACUUCCCUUCAAUUGAAGACGGAGCUCUAUUGAGGAAGCAAGCGACAGAGACGCUGUGUGCGGGAUCUGAGCCAAGUGGUGAGACAGUGGUCGCCAUUGAACCGCCAACAAGUUGCCAAAUGCCGGCUCUGCGGGCGACAUUGGCGACACCUGUGUCAACUUUGGAAGAACUCCCGGAAGCAAGCUCUUCGCCCAUGGCAGUUGUAGACCCGAGACCUCAGCCAAUUGUGGACUCAGAUCCAGAGCCGGUUGCAGUUGUGAACUCGAGACCUUUGUCAGUUGCAGCUGGAGAGUUCACACUUCAGUCAAUUCCAGUUGUGGAGCCGAGCCCUCAGCCAAUUAAUGCUGGGAAAUCUCAGUCAAUUCCAGUUGUGGAGCUGAGGCCUCAGCCGAUUCAUGUUGUGGAGCCACAACCUCAGUCGAUUCCAGCUGUGGACCCGAAGCCUCAGCCAAUAACAGUCGUGGACUCAAAAUCCUCGCCAGUUGCAAUCGCGGACCCGAAACCUUUUCCGGUCGCAUUUGAAAAGCGGCAACAGAAAGCGCAGCAAUCGACGACGACAGUCGAGACGGUGUUGAAACAAAGUGACGAUUUGGAUGUGACGAAAACAAAUGGUACCGUGAAGCUUGAGACUGAUGUUGGCACCGUGUGUACACAAGAAAAGCAGAAUGUCCAAGCUGAGAGAAAACUAGAAGACUCGUUGUUCCGGUCUCGUGUUUUCGAAUCUAUUGAAUUUCGAGCAACAGAUUUUGUGACUACGGCACAAGUGUUGGCGACGGCGAGACGAAGUCAUUUGCCGAAUUUGAAAUCCGCGGCAUCGGUAAUAGCGUCUGUGGAAACAACUGUAUUAACGGAAGAUGGGUAUCGUCAUGCAGAUGAUUUGAUAGGACCGGUAGAAGAGGCAAAGGUCGCAUCGCCGACAGCUGCGUCUGUCGCCGUCGGCACAAGUACGACAGUUGCUUGCGCGGCAGGCUCAGCAAAGAUUAUGAGCUCGGAUAGUGUUGUACCCCCGCUGGUGUCGUCUACGACUCCUGUGGUUACAAUAUCUCUAGAAUUGUCGAGCGCGUCUCCAAGUUCAGGUGGGUCCCACCCUGUCGCGAAUUCGACCGCGUCGUUAGUACCAGGGGCAGCAUUGCCACCUGCUGCUCUGAAGCCAGCAGUAAAGGAACCCACCCGGGAGGUGGCAGUUCCGCCAGUGAAUUCGUCGUCGUCACGAAGUCACGAAGGAUACACGCCAAGCGCAGCUGUGCAAUCUGUAGCGCCGGCAACGAAACCUCUUCCAUCGGCUGCCGAAGUAAACAUGAAGCCAGCAAUAUCCGCAUCGUCGACUUCGGAGUCAACGUUGGCAGUCGAAUGUGGAGCAAAAGUAAUACCGCUAGUGUCAGCUACACCACGGGCCAGUGUUGACGUAGCUACGAAGGCGGCUCCUGCGUCAAUGACACGUUCCGAACGGACUCAAGCAACUGACAACGCAAACGUGCUGUUACCUCAAGAGAAGGGUCCUGAAGAUAGUCGUCGAUUUACUGGUGAGCAAUGUGAUCAACAGGCAUCGCUUGAUGGGACAAAUGAUAUCCCAGGUGCAGAUGACGAGCUUUGUCGUAAAGCCUGUGCAGCACCACCUCAAAUGGCUCAAGUGGAUCCCCCUGUCUUGGGAUACUGCAGCCCCGAAUUCUUGGAAUUUAUGCGCGAGUGUGGAAACGCUGGUUUCGAUGAAGAAGGCGACCCUAACGACGUAAAUCGCUUACAGCUAAAGCUGCUGGAUGUCGUGGACCUCACAAGUUUAAGCAGCUCAGAAAAUGGUGAUGCAAUUUCGCCUUCGUCGACUCCGCGUGUCGGAGGGCUUAGACAACGAACUUGGUACAUUCCGACGCUGGAGAGUGAGCGGAAACGGACUCAGCCAGAGAAGGUUAUGUGCGAGUUGUGUGAGGAGGACGGAAUCGCGUCUAGACUAGUUCGCUGCCCGAAGUGCGCAAAAUAUUAUCACAAGAAAUGUGCGGAGGAAAACGGCGACGAAAGCAUUUGCUGGAACUGCGAGCUUGGCUCGAUGAUUGAUGACAGUGAGCUGGACAAAGAGCAUGCCAGACAUAACAGUGAAUAUUUAGCGUAUCUAAAGGCAAUCCGUUGUUCUUCAGAUGGUGCUGACGCUGAAGACGAGUGGGUUUCUGAGGACGAGGACCAAGAAGGUGACGAAGUAAUGACAGAGGUGAAGGCUGGAAUGGCAGCUGUAGCAGAAAGUGGAGAAGACAGCAAUGCUGUCAUCGGAAUGCAAGUCGCGAAGGAACUUUGCGACAACAAGAAGAGACGCAUAUACUCACGGGGCUUCGUGUCACGGGAGGAAUUUGAAGCGCAGAUGACUGAGGUUGAGGAAUAUUACAUUAACGAGGAGGCACGGCUGCAGCAGCUGGAACGGGAAAGAGCGCUCGAAACCAAGAAGAUGGCUGAAGCUGCGAUAGAGCAGGCAGAAGCGGAGCGGACGAUAAAUGGUAGCCAAUGUGCUGGCAAUAACGCUGCUGGUGACGACCAAGCCAUGGCGUCGGAAAUAUCUGUACAAGGUUGUAAUGUUUCCACCGGCGACAUCCUUCCUAUUGCCGCAACUGCCAGCCAAAUUUCACCGAGUGUCGCUCCAGGAUUGUCGAAAGACACCGCAGCGAACCACUCAACUUCGGUCCACCUUUCUGUACCCGUUGCGGCACAAACGACAGUUUCUGCACCGCUUGUACCAGCUGCUACUUGUGCAGCAGCAUCCGAGGUGAUGGGUAGUGGAUUACCGGUGGUCCUUGGACAACCGCCAUCGACGCCCUUGUAA